AAAAAAAAAAAAAAAAAACUAUAAAGUCUAUUAAGCCAUGGAUAGACAUUUUUCUUUUCCCUUUUUCUACUCUUCUUCUCCAGAUAUUAUAGAAUCUAAUCAACUCCCCCACCCCCCCUCCAGAAAAAAAACAAGUUUUUUUUUCUCCUCUAUUGAAUGAUGGAAGACGACGAUUAUAUGUUACAAUACGGUUCUAAUGAUAAUGUAUUUGAAAAGGGACCCUUUUCUGAUAUAUUGCAGCAAGAACAACAGUUUCAUCAAGUGUUGCCUUCUCCUACUUCUACUGGUCGAAACUUUAGUAACUUCCCUUCCCCUACUCUUUCUAAUGAUGACAACGAUCUUAGCUUCCUUCAAAACAUUUCUGCUGCUGGUGGUGGAUUUCAUAUACCCCAACAAGAUGGUUUCGAUCAAUUUGUUCAAUUUGAAGGCGAAGAAGACGAAGAAGAAGAAGAAGAUGAAGAAGAGGAGGAGGAAGAAGAAGAUGAGAAAGUCAAGUCAAAAAAAAAGGUCGAACCAAAAAAGAAUACUAAAUCAAAUCGCUCGCCACGUCAACUUGAAUGCUUUAAUUGUCAUGUUACAAAAACUCCUUUAUGGCGCCGAACUCCUGAUCGUGCUCAUUCAUUAUGUAAUGCAUGUGGUUUAUAUUACAAACAAUAUAACACACACCGUCCUCUUCAUAUUCGCCAAAAGCAUCAAACAAACCAAAAUAAACAAGCUGCCGUGGUAUCUCCCUCUCCUCCACCUCUCGCUUCACCCGUAGCGCAACAAGUCUCGCCUGAAAUUCAAGAAACUACUUUUGACCUUAAUUUCAAUCAAGAACAACAACAGCCACAACAACAGCAACAACAACAGCAACAACAACAGCCACAACAACAACAACAACAACAGCAGCAGCAACAACAGCAACAACAGCAACAACAGCAACAGCCACAACAGCAACAACAGCAUUGUCAGAAUUGUUUCCAAACGGAAACUCGUAUUUGGCACUUAAACGAUGCUGGACAAAACAUCUGCAAUGACUGUCACUUAUACGCCAACUUGCAGCAACUAGCUCAAUCACCCAAGGGUCAAAAAAGAAAAUCGUCAUUUGAACCAGUUGAUAAUGUGAAACGGUUAUAUUCCAAUCAACAAUUUCCUUCUAUUGUUAUGCCAAGCGAGACCUUGCCGACACCUAUUACAACUCCACCACACGAGGAGCAACAACAGCAGAAUAAUGAUGACACAAGAUUUAAAUCGCUAAUUGGUCGUAUGUCUCCACAACAAAUGGAAGGCUUUCUCAACAUGCUGGAAAGAAGAUGUGCUAUUCUUCGCUCAAUCAUUUACACUGAUAAUAACACUAUGAUUUCGUAAUCAUAACUCUCACCCCCACCCACCCAAAUUUAUACAUAUCGUACCUGUACAAAAUACCCCCCAACACAUUUUUUUUUUCUUUUUCUAUCUCUCUCGCUCUCCCCUCCCCUUUCAAUAUAUAUUAUUACAUGUUGACAUGCAAAAACAUAUAAAUAAAAAUAAAAAAAUAUGCUAUACUUUAUUUCCCCAAUCCUUUUUUUUUUUUGUUUAUAUAAAUAAAUAUUGUAUUCUAAAAUA